AUGUUGUGUGCCGAGGCAUGUCCUCGGUGUGGCAACAUGGAAGUCCCUUACCCUCUUAGCACCGGAGAUGGAUGUGGAGACCCUAGGUACAGAGUUUACUGCAACAAUGGUGUCCUAGAGUUCAUGUCGGCUGAAGGGUUUUACUAUAGGAUCCUGAGCAUCAACCCAUUUGCUUCUAGGCUAGUAUUAAGCCCACCUUCGAUACAAAGCAACUCGUGUUACUCUUCUGACCUCAAGUUAGGAGGCAUUAGGCUCGACGACGAGUCCCCCUUUAACAUUUCGACUCGUAACACGGUCAUGUUGUUCAACUGCUCCGACAACAUUCUUUUGUCGCCCUUGAACUGUUCCUCCAGUAGCUUUUGUCGUAAGUUUGAAGCUUUGGGUGUGGGGAGUGGAUGCAAAGGCACCCUUUGUUGCCAUUACUUAAAAGAUUCGUCCAUGAAUUCUCACAAGAUUAGGGUACGGGUUGGAGGGUGCACUGCUUACACGUCGAUCAUCGAUGUGAGGCCCGACGAUCCUGCCGAGACAUGGAAUUAUGGCAUUGAGCUACAAUGGGCGCCUCCGCACUUAUGA